AUGCCAGAUGAUAACAAAACCACUGUAACCCACUUCAUUCUCUUAGGGUUUCCUGGCAGCCCAGUCACCCAAGUUGUCCUCUUUAUGAUCUUUCUAUUGCUCUACAGCAUGAUUCUGCUUGGGAACACAGGACUAAUAGUUCUAAUCAGAAUCAGCCCCCAACUGCACACUCCUAUGUACUUUUUUCUUUGCAAUUUGUCACUUGUUGAUAUCUGCUAUUCCUCGGUGAUUGUACCACAGAUGCUUGUCAAUUUCUUGUCUGAGAAAAAGGUAAUUUCAUAUGCUGGCUGUGGACUGCAGUUCCAUUUCUUCUGUGCUUUUGCUGACACUGAGUCUUACAUCCUAGCCUCUAUGGCAUAUGACCGGUAUGUAGCCAUCUGUAACCCACUGCUAUAUAGUGCCAUGAUGUCUCCAAAAAUCUGUAUCCUACUGGUAACGCUCUCUUAUUUUGGUGGUACAAUGAGUGGCUUGGUCCACACUUCCUUUGCUUUCAGGCUAUCCUACUGUGGCCCUAAUGUUAUCAAUCACUUCUUCUGUGACCUUCCGCUGCUCCUCAAGCUCUCAUGCUCAGAUACGUCACUCAAUGAACUCCUGCUCUUCACCUAUGGCACUUCAAUGGAAAUCUUGUCUUCAAGUAUCAUCAUCAUCUCCUAUAUUCUCAUUGUCUUUUCUGUUCUGAAGAUGCGUUCUGCUGCAGCAAUGCGCAAGACAUUCUCCACCUGCGCUUCUCACAUGAUCUCCGUCAUUAUCUAUCAGGGAACUAUCCUCUUCAUCUAUUCCAGACCCAGUUCCUGGUAUUCUCCUACCUCAGACAAAUAUAUUGCUGUCUUCUAUACUAUCAUUGUCCCUGUGCUAAAUCCCCUAGUCUACAGCCUGAGGAACAAAGAUGUAAAAGAUGCCUUUUGGAAAGUCAUAGACUCUAAAGUCUUAGCUAAUUGA